CGAGCGGUGGAAGAGGCAACUAGGCCAAGACCAAUCCCAACUAGGUAGAAGACAUCAUACUUCAACAACGAGAUAUUUAGGGAAGCUCUCCGCCAUGAGCGAAACUUCGUCUAAGCGGUGACUAGUUGGUAGUGGUGCUGUGCACACGAUGCAACUGCACUGCCUUGGCAAGUCCAUCUUAGGGAUGGAAGAUCACCGGCGUACUAUUAGACUCAAGCUAUUGCGAACCUGUUCCGUGUCCAUCUACUGGCUAGGUCAGUGGUGCUCAGGCUGGAGGAUACCGCGUGCCAAAUUUGCAAUUCGGGAUCGACCUGCGGGCCGCAUAAAACAUCGAUGCACAAAAACAACACAAAUAACAAUUCUAAAGCAUAUUUAUUAAAAAUCUGAACUGUUCAGAACUUGUGUAAGGGUCAAACUUUAUAAACUAUUGCCCUUCGUGGAGUUCAAUUUAGAUUCAUAAGUUUGGUUGAGAAAAACGUUUGAGCUUCAAAUUGAAAUUCAAACAAACAAUUUAGAAGUUGUCCCUAGGAUUGCCUUGAAGCCACUUCAAGAACUUUUCAAGCAGCUUUUACAAGAAUUUCUUUUGAAUCGCUCCAAAAAGGUUUGCUGGAUUUUCUCCUGAAAUUUCUUGUGGAGUUGCUCCAGAAGGUUUUCGAGAAAUUUCUUGAAGUUUCUUUUAGUUUUUCUAGAAUUCUCUUGGAACACCUCCAAGAACUCCACUUUGAUUUGCCUUUCAAACUGCCCUGAAGUUACUUCAGGAAUACCUCAUAAACGUAUCCAAGAAUUUCUUCUAAAAUAGCUUCUGGAUUUUUCCGAAAAUUUUCCAGGAGUUUCUUGAAGAUUUUAGUAAAUUCUUUCCAUAAGUCUCUUCUAAAGUUGAUUAAAUACUUCAUCAUUAAAUUUCUUCAAAAAUCGAUGCGGGGAUCUCAAAAUCCUUUGGGGUAGAUAAGGCCCCAGAUCCGGACGGAGUUCCGAACUUAGCCUUACAAGUAGCUAUUGCUGAGGCAUCCGCUGGAGGUCUACGGUUAACCGAUCAAAGAAGUUGAAUUGACUGCCCACUCGAUCGCAUUUGUGGGGGAAUAGGUAAGCUCCAGGAAACUGGGAUGGGCUCACCUUUGUGGUGAAGCGGUGGUUGCUAGUGCGCAAUCUUUCGGUUUCUUGAAUGGUUUUUGAGGUUUCAGAAACAGUAGGUUGUUGACCUAAGGUCCCCUAUUUAUCGUAGUGUGACUGCCAACUUAGGUAUAGCUUCCGAUAAAGGAGCAUUUCAUGUUCAACCACUGGAUGCCAGAAUAGACGCAAAACCAUAAUGAAAUUCAAACAAAAUUAAUCAUUAAUAGAGUUGCUGCUUGGGAUAGGGCAUGAAUUAACUGAACUGGAGCAUUCCAGUCCAUGCUACUGUUUGUUCAUUGUGUUUUGGAACUUUGACUAAACGAGCCAGAAGUCUUGUAGCGAAUUUUCGAACCCUCUAAGCAGAAUACUUACCCUCUUCGAAUUUAGUGUAAUCCAAUAUGUAAUCAGGCGGAAUUGGAAGGUAUUUACAAAACGGAUUACACUCAUUCCAAGAGCUAGCAGUGUUUCGUAGCAGGCGUGGUGUUGAUUCGAGUCUUUAAUUUCGAUUGGAGCUUAAAAUGUCGUCCGCAACAGCGAACCCGUUUCGGAGUUUCAAAAAAGUACUAUCGCAAAAUUUGGAGCCCGAUCUUCGUCGGUAUCUGUUUAAAGUAUACUCCACCAUGGCUCUGACUUGCGCUGCUGCGGCAACCGGAUCGAUAGUUCAUCUGACCAAUCUAUGGACAGCAGGAUUUCUUUCGAUUUUCCUGCAAAUUUCCACCAUGGUGACCUUGGUUCUUACGCCGAAACGAAAAACAAACCGAAGAUUUAGGCUGGCGCUACUGUUGGUGAUUGGAGCCCUUUCCGGGCAUACCUUGGGCCUGUUGAUCGAACAAGUGAUGGUCGUGAAUCCUGCCUUUGUCAUAACCGCCCUCCUUGGAACUGUGAUAAGUUUUGGCUGGUUGAGUUUGUCCGCCAUUCUGGCUCGACGAGGCAGUCAUCUGAUGCUCGGUGGUGUUCUGUCAAGCGUAACCUGUGCCCUAAUUGCAGUUGCUGUCGGUAAUCUGUUCUAUCAGUCCUGGAUUGUUCACAAGUUGAGUCUCUAUCUGGCCCUGGCGUUGAUGUGCGGAUUCGUUCUAUUUGAUACCCAGAUCAUAAUGGAGGAGUAUCGUGCGGGGGUGGAUGAUUACGUGGCUCAUGCUCUACGGUUGUUCUUCAAUGUUGAAGAUAUCUUUCGUUUGCUGAUGGAGAUAUUGCUUACCAAGUCGGAGCCUCGUAACUCGAUGCGAAGAAACGCGGAUCAAAAUGAUGAAUGAUAAAAUAAAUAUAUGCAACGCACCGUUUUUUUUCUUCCGAACAAAACACUUGAAUUAAAUAAGAUUCAUACUAAUAUGUAGUUGCUUAUGCAACGUGUUGCAUAAUGAUGAUUUUGUCAGCACGAUUUAUUUAACAAAGCUUUACCUAAAAAUAUAUAUUAGAUUUAUCA